AUGGGUGACCCGCAGUACAUGAAGUUCCCCGACCUCAGACUGGCCCAGUCUGUCUUCACCCUCGCCUCACCGUCUGCCUCAUCCUCAGCGAAACAAACCUCCCUCACAGCUCUUCAAGAUGCCAUCCGAGAGCACAAGAUGGCUCCCUUAUAUCACUACCUCGCACAUCCUCAGACUGGCAAGCUGAAUGGCUCUGGAGAAUCUGGCUCGACCCAGAAGUCCUCAUCAUCCUCGCACAUGCCAUCACUACGAAGAACAUCCAGCAUCAAUACAACCAGUAUCAUUGGUGUUCUCGGUGGUGUCAAGCAGACUGACGGUGCUGAUUUACCAUGGGAUGAAAAGUUGUACGAGUCCAUGAAGCGCGAGAACGAGGAAGAGUUGGCCGCCAUCCAGAAGGAGGAGGACGAAGCUGCUGAGCGCGAAGGUGACACUGAGGUCAACACUGCCCGUGGCAAGCGCGCUGAGCUCUAUGCACGUAUUGGCGACAAGGACAAGGCCCUUGAAGCUUUCGAGAAGCUGUUGGAAAAGACUGGUAUUCUGGCAUCAAAGAUCGACAUUGUUCUGGCUAUCAUCCGCAUCGCCAUGUUCUUCGACGACAAGACCUUGGUCAAGAAGAGUGUUGAGCGCUGUUCCGCCUUGGUCGAGUCUGGUGGUGACUGGGACCGUCGCAACCGCCUAAAAGCCUACCAAGGUCUCCACCUCAUCACCAUCCGCUCUCAUGCUGCCGCCGCUCCUCUCCUUCUCGACUCCCUCAGCACCUUCACAGCCACCGAGCUCUGCUCAUACAGUAACUUGGUUGUCUACGCUGUUCUCGCUGGUAGCGUAGCUCUUCCUCGCCGUGACUUCAAGUCGCGUGUUGUUGACGCUCCCGAAAUUCGCGCCAUUGUCGGUUCAGAAGACGCCAACGAGAGACUCGCUGGCCUUUCAGGUGCUGUCUCCUCACAACCAUCAGCUGGCACUGACGCUAGUGCUAUGGACGUCGACACCACCUCAUCAGCCACUCCUAAGCCUGCCGUAGUCAACCUCACCACUCUGAGUUCAGGCUCCGCCGAGCAAGAAAAGGCCGAACCCGAAAUCGACUUCUCCCCUCUCGCCCAGAUGAUCCGCUCCCUCUACUCAGGCCACUACCAAAACUUCUUCCGCGCCCUUAGCACAGUUGAAACCCAGUUCCUCGCCCAAGAUCGUUAUCUCUAUGAGCAUCGCCGCUGGUACGUCAAGGAGAUGCGCCUGCGCGCUUAUGCCCAAUUGCUGCAAAGUUACAAGGUUGUGGGUCUGGAGAGCAUGGCUCAAAGCUUCGGAGUCAGCGUCGAUUGGUUGGACCGUGAUUUGGCUCCAUUCAUUGCUAGCCAGCGCCUGCCUUGCACUAUCGAUCGUGUCAAGGGCGUCAUCGAGACACAACGUGCUGGUGACAAGAACAAGCAGUACACUGAUGUUGUCAAGCAAGGUGACCAGCUGAUCACCAAGCUGCAAAAGUACGGUCAAGUCGUCAGACUGCGUGGUAGCGAGAGAACUUGA